GUCGACUCUUAGUGUUGCAUGGUUUGGAGGGUUGAUUUCAAUAGGUGCAUGUGUAAUUACGACAAGUUUAAAUGGAGCUUGGAUAGUGUCAAAUGAACAAAAGAAUAUCAACAUUACUGGGAAGGUCCCAGGCAGUAUGUAUACUGCUCUGAUAGAUAACAACGUAAUCCAGGAUCCAUAUUACCGUGACAAUGACCUUAAGUAUCGCUGGAUUGGUCGAGAGGACUGGACAUACAGCAGGGUGUUUAAUGUAACAUCAGAAAUGAUGUCAAUGAUCAAUGUAAAGUUGGUUAGUGAGGGACUGGACACUUUUGCCAUGGUUAUGAUCAAUGGUCAUCUUGUGGGGGAGACGGAUAACAUGUUCCUCAGAUAUGAUAUGGACAUCAAACCUUACAUCAUUGAGGGGGAAAACUUGAUUCAAGUGUCAUUUACAUCAGCUGUGAAUUGGGCCCAGAACCUGGCCUCAAACCACAGUUAUCUCAUCCCUCCGGCCUGUCCUGUCCCCCAGUAUAAGGGGGAAUGUCACGUUAAUAUGAUCAGGAAAGAACAGUGCUCAUUCAGCUGGGACUGGGGACCUUCAUUCCCCACCCAAGGAAUUUGGCGAGAUAUUUAUAUUGAGUCUUUCAACACAUCAACCAUUCGUUAUUUCACUGCAGAGACUCGUAAAGAAGCUGAUGGAUCUUGGGUCAUUGAUACUGAAGUUCACCUGGACAUCCCAAACAGCGAGUCAGUGGAGGGGUCCAUUGAGAUUCAGCUGGACAUUACAAGUAUAGGAACCAAACAGAAUGUCUCCCUCACUCAGCAGAACAACAAACUGAAGCAGAGAGUAACUAUCAGCAAGAACCUGGAAAUCAGGGAGUGGUGGCCUAAUGGUUAUGGAGAGCAGAAUUUGUACAAACUCUACGCCUUCUUUACCAGUGCUGACGGUCGCAGCAUGUCAGCAAAAAAAAUCACCAUUGGAUUCAAAACUGUGGAACUAGUACAGGAUUUUGUGUCUGGGGAUCCAAAUCAAGGUAGAUCCUUUUAUUUCAAAAUUAAUGGUGUACCAGUCUUCCUCAAGGGAAGUAACUGGAUUCCUGCUGACAGUUUCCAGGAGAGAAUUACAAAGGACAGACUUCAGAACCUGCUACAGUCAGCAAGGGAUGUCCACAUGAACUCAAUGAGAGUCUGGGGAGGAGGGGUUUAUGAGUCAGAUGAGUUUUAUGAUCUAGCAGAUGAGCUGGGAAUCCUGAUUUGGCAGGAUUUUAUGUUUGGUUGUGCCAUGUAUCCAACAGAUCCACAGUUUCUGUCCACAGUCAGGGAGGAAAUCACACAACAGGUUAGGAGACUUAAGUCCCAUGCUUCACUUCUGGUAUGGAGCGGAAAUAAUGAGAACGAGAAAGCUCUAAGACAAAGCUGGUACAAUACAGAUGUAAACUUUACUCUGUAUUAUAAUGACUAUGUGACUCUGUAUCAUGACACAAUACAGCCCAUCGUCCAGACAGAGGACACUACUCAUCCCUUUAUCAUGUCCAGCCCCAGUAACGGGAUCCAGAGUCUACAGGAGGGAUUCGUCGCUAAGCAACCGUGGAGUGAGCUCUAUGGAGACAUCCAUGAUUACCGUUACCUAGACCCGUUCUUUGACUCCAGUGUAUAUAGAGUCCCGAGAUUGGCCUCAGAGUACGGACUUCAGUCCCUCCCAUCUUACGAGACAUUGGCAAAAGUUUACGCUGAGGAUGACCUAGAUUUCUGGUCAGACAUGAGUGAACAUCGGCAACAUCAUCCACUCGGUAACGUACAGCUUAUGACAGAGGUCAUCCUAUACCUGAACCUCCCUAACGCCCCAGAUAAGAAACAAAAGUUCAAGGACACCAUUUAUGUCACCCAGAUUGAUCAGGCUGUUGCCAUUAAAACAGAGACAGAACAUUACCGCCGCUGGCAAAACAGACUAGACAACAUGGGAAGGGGCAACACAAUGGGGGCCAUGUACUGGCAGCUAAAUGAUAUCUGGCAGGCCCCAACAUGGGCCUCCAUAGAAUAUGGAGGGAAAUGGAAAAUGCUGCAUUACUACGCCCAGCACUUCUUCUCCCCAAUGCUUAUCUCACCUUACGAGGAGAAUGGUGAUGCCAAAGUUUACAUCUGCAUGGACGAAAUGAAAAUCCAUACACAGAGACAUGCCCACAAUCACCACAUACAGUUUGUACCUACACGUCAUAACAGGGCUGGGUUCCUGUUUAUUCCUCAAGGUCACCUCCAUCCCUCCCAUCAAACUGCUCAAGUCUCAGGUACACUGUACAUCUCCAUGUACUCCUGGGAUAACCUGACUCCACUACACACAUGGACACAACCAUUCCAGAUGAAUUUGACAUCCCAGCUCGUGUUUUCUGCCAACAUAAACAAUAUGUUACAACAGGCCAGCUGUAUCAGACGACAGAACUGCUUCCUGUACUAUCACCUUGGCAACCCACAAAAUGGCCCCACUGCCUGGCAAACUCUCUCAAUCUUCCAGAGUGCGAUAGGAGUACAGAAAGCUAAUAUACAGGUAACAAACAUAGUCAUAGUGAAGAAAGACCAAGUUUACAACAUCACCCUCAGCACGUCCGCCAUCGCUCCAUUUGUCUGGCUGGACACACCUGGAGUUCAAGGUCGUUUCUCUGACAACGGUUUCCUCAUGGUGCACUCAGUCAAGCAUCUUCAGUACUUUGCAUGGGAGUUAGUGGACUUAAAGACAUUGGACCUGUCAAUCACUGUUAAAUCUCUGAUGGACAUUUACUACUAACUGA